CGGUCAUUUAAACGGUAAAAACUGAACUUCCGAAACCGUUUUAAGCACGUGAUCCGCCGCCGUGUAAACAGGACUAACAGAAUGAGAAUCAAUCCGCAUAACAUGAGUCUUAUCGGACGACAAGCUGAGACCAUUUGCAACAGCCCAUAUCACGAUUUUAUCGAUUGCCUGUUCAACAAUGGGGUCAGACAUAGAAUCAUUAACCACCUUGAAUAUUUUUAUAUCAUCAGCGAACAUAAUACAAGAUACGUCAAGAUCUUGGAUGCAUGGGGGAAGGUCACAGUAUAG